GCCUCUGUUAUCGACCCCUCCUCGAGUCUCAUCACCACACUCUCUCUCGCGUCUACCUGUCGCGCACCAUCCUUCCCACGUCGUUGGCAGAGAAAGCAUCAUCGCUCCCAAAGUCGUCGAUUGCUUUCAAAUCGGCGCGCACCACAUGCUCGCUAUGCAAGAAACGCAUCGAAACAUACCACAGCCCAUCACGAUUUAAAACAUCCGAGUCGCUGGCUGCGCCGGGCACCUCUUCAACAUCGCAAACGCCCGUCCGCAACCCCAGCGACCAUGUCCGCCGUCGCCGGCGCCACCAUGCCCGCCGCCUCCGCAGCACCGCCUGCCACGGGUCGCAAGGCUUCAGCAGCAGCAGCAGGAGGAGGAGGAGGAGGGGAGACGAAGGAAAAGGAGAAGCGCUACAAGUGUCAGUUCUGCAAUCGCGCCUUUUCGCGUUCAGAACAUCGCUCGCGUCAUGAACGGUCCCACACCAAGGAGCGACCUUUCAAGUGUAUGAAGUGUCGCAGCACCUUCGUCCGCAGAGACCUGCUCCUGCGCCACGACCGUACCGUCCACGCCAAAGAUGGCGGCGUUCCUCUGCAGAGCGAAGGCAACAAGCGCAAGAACAAGGCCGCGACGGCGAAUGCAGCCCCGACACAGCAGCCGCAGCCGCAGCAGCAACAACAACAGCAACAGCAACAGCAGCAACAGCAGCAGCAGACCAAUGACAAUGCGACCAAGAAUGCGGAGCUCGAUGCUGCCGACUUCGAGCAAUUUACCGACAACGCUAACGUGCUCGACGUCGAGCAAGCUGCCAUGCUCAUGACUAACUUCCAGCAAAAGGCCGCCAUGUCAGGACAAGACAUCAGUUCCAUCACCACAGAGCCACUCCUCUCACCCGUCCACGGUCUUCCAACUAUGAUGGACACGUCGGCGCCCCCGUAUCCAGGCUCCAUGACCCUCCCGCAAAUGCAUGGCUGGGACCAGAUGCUGCCCCAGACGAUCAGCACAACGCAACUGCCGAAGGCGGCUUCAUCAAUUGCAUCUACCGGCGAUGGCUCUCAUGACCUCUUGCCAUUCUCCAAUGCUAAUGCGACGUUGGGCGCCUCGAAUGCUUCGCUGCCGCCACUCAUGGAGCGUUCUGAGAGUCAGCAAGAUGGUCUUCCCUCCUUUGGUGGAUCUUCCAUGAUUGGUGGUCUGACUCCAAAUGGGCCUCUAUCACCAUUUCCAGUCAUGAUGGGUCCAGUCUCGCCUGUAGAUUACAGAAGAUCCCCCGGCCCGGCUCAGCAAUGCACCAUGGCGAGGGCACCGCAAAUCGAAAGCGAAGACCAGAUGAAUCUUCUGCUGGAAAACAUCCGCCAUUGCGACAGCGAGGAUGCACUUGUGCAUACCUUCCGUCUUCCACUGACGCCUGUGCUUAAUCGCUACUUGUCGACCUACUUCAACUUCUUCCAUCACCAUCUGCCCUUCCUGCACCCGGCAUCGUUCAACCCAGCUACUGUACCUGCUCCACUGUUGCUCGCUGUGUUGUCGAUAGGUGCACUCUAUACAUUCGAGCAAGAUCAGGCGUACAUGUUGCACAUUGGCUCGAAAGUUCUCGUGCAGCAGUUCCUACAAAAGAAGGACGAUUUCAGCUCGCGAAAGUGCCCUCUUUGGAUGAUGCAAGCCUCCCUGCUGAAUAUGAGCUUUGCGAGCUGGAGUGGGGAUCCCAAAGGUCUGGAAUGGGCAUGCUCCAUGAAGUCCCUACUUGCCAACAUGGUUGCCGGCAACAGGUACGAACUGCACAAGCGUAGCGAAGCGCGGGAAGGGCGACAACCAACCCAUGGAGAUUGGAUCGAGGAUGAAGGUUGUAGGCGGACGUAUUAUGCUGUCUAUAUUUUCUUCGGCCUGCUGACUCUCACCUACAACCACACCCCGGCUAUCAGCUUCAACGAGUUUGACACUCUGGAACUGCCCUCCUCGGAGACGUUAUGGAAUCUGGACCCGGCGGAUAAUGAAAGUUGGACCGAAAGUCUGACAGCAUCCACAAUCAUCACCUUCCGAGAAGCGCACGAUGCUCUGUUUCAGGGUGAGACUGCACGUUACAGUGCGUUCGCCACGCGGGUGAUGAUCAAUGCGCUUUUCCUCGAAGUGUGGUAUCACAAGCGCAGUCCCGAAGCCCUCCAGGACGUGGUGACGGAGUAUAAACUACGCCUGGCCCUCGAAACGUGGGAGAAGUCUCUCGAGAUCUGCGAGCCCGAGACUGUGGUCGUACAGCUGAGUGCGCCUCACAAAGGUCAUCCUCUGAUCUUCAACGCGAUGGCGAUGUACCGGAACACGCGCACCAGGCUGUUGGUCGAUCUCAAGGCCAUUCAGGAAGCACUUCGUUACCACGAUUCGUACGAGGUGGCAGCCGCAAUGACUCACGCUCGAGAGAAAGUGAAGCGGAGCCAGGAAAUGCUGACAGUAAUUCAGUCUUGCUAUGAUUGCAUCGAAGUCGCGGCACUUCAAGGCAUCAGAUGGGUGGCACGGACUUCUGCAACUAACUGGAGCAUUGAACAUCCACUCUGCGGGCUGGACCUGAUAGUCAUCCUGAGCCUGUGGCUAUGGCGCGUUGAACACGACGAGGAUCCCGCGACGGCGCAGGAGUCGGCCAUGUACCAAAAGCUGCGUUCGUUGUUUGAUGACGAUACCGUCGAUGGUUUUGGGCAGAAGCUGAGCUCCACGGUGGCGAGAUUAUGGGGCAGUAUGAUCGAUGAAGUGGUCGUUUGGGGCAUAACCAAGCUCAUGGGCGAAUCCUUCAAGCUGCACAGUCAGGCACUCAUCGGAUAUGAGGAUGCUGUCAUGGCUGAGCAGCAUAACGGCAGCAUCACGCCUACGGUGUUGGCGCCACACGCGACAGAAGUGACGGCCUACUAGUAAUUCACGACUCAUUACGACAUUUUUUCUUUUCCGGGACUGCACUAAUAGAAUGAUACCACACGCACGCACACGUGGCGGCUGCUCGUUCAUCUUCUGUACCAAAUGCACAUUGUUUGAUUCCGGCGUUUUAACUAUGGAGGAGGGAAUAUUGGUACCAGCAACAUCUCGGCAGCUAUCCGAAGCGACGACUGCUUCCAUCCUUUCGGCAAGCGUACACAGACUGGUACAGAUCGACUGCUUCACUCACGGGAACGUGUGUACCUCACCACACCCAUCUAAUACUACUCGAGCAGUGUCACCAUGGGACGCACGCUGAGGUGACGCUCUCGAACCGGCUGGUCCGCGUGAAGGGCUGGGAUCCUGUUGGUCGGACGAGUGCUGACUGCGACUGCGUCUCUUCACCUUGCUGUUUUGUUCUAUACCAUGUUCGUUUACAAGCAUCCAUUUUUUCUUAUUAUGGUUGGCGUCUCCCCUCGCGCUUUGACAGCGGCGCAGGACGAGGCGGAGUGGGAGAAUUGAGGCGCUCGAAAAAAGUUGUAUUAUAUGGAUGUAUUGAAGGCAAUUUCUGGAGUAAAUACGGCACCUACCUCACCUUACUUGUACUUGAAUCAUUUGUAUCGUGGUAUAGGACAUAACAAC